AGGACAGGUAGUUCUUUGGCUGCUCAGAGAAAAGCAGGCAGGAGGAAAAGCUCACUUCUUCCUUGUUGCUUCUACCAAGAAUAGAAACAUGACUCAUUUGAGUGCUGAAGCUCAGUAGUGUGGGUGUCUGCAUAUAUUGUCACAAUAACCUAAUUUCUUGGUAAUUGAAGACUAGCCAAUCCCAUAAUGGUGGGAAGAUGGGAGGAAUGACCUAAUAGGCUUCUGUAUGUCCUAACUUUGAUGACUGGCUGAUGAUGCAGCUGACAUCUGCAGUUCUUCUGAAAUCUGCCUCCCUUGCCCAGUGUUCUGUGUGGCUGUGGUGUUUCACUGGGUGCCUCUGCCAGUUUGUGUCUUUAAGUUAAAAAAACAAUCAAGCAGUGUAGCUUCUUGUAUCACAAGGUGUCUUCAGGUCUAAAAUACUACUCUGGCUAGAGGUUCUCAGUUUCAAGGUGGUGUACACCUGAUUUCAGGCCCUUUCCUAACACUUUCAGAAGGAUGCCGAAGAGCUUUACAGAAAUAAACAGGCAGAAGAUGAUAAUAAGUGACCAUACCAGAAGGGACAUCUGUCAGUCACUGAUAAGUUUCUCUUUGGUCACUCUAGUUUGAAAACUGAGGUGCAGACUUGGCCUUGGAAAAAUUGGAUCCUUUACAUUUGAUCUCCUUCAGCAAACUGAAGUACUUAUCUGUAGGAUCUCACAAAUGUCAGAGUAGGAUUCUGUGCUGACUUUUACAGCUUUAGACGAAAUUUGCUGUGGUGAGGAAAGGUAACAUGGUAGGAAUUGUGCCUGCAUAAUCCCUUCCAUAAUAAUAAUAAUUAUAUGGAUAUACACUACAGCUACCAGCAACAGAGUAAUUCUCAUCCUGUGCAGUGCUGGUUUACGUAGGGAUGGUUCCACUGAAAUGUGCUCUCUGGCUGUCCUGCUACAGGCCGUGGGGUAGCUGCUCUUAGUGCUGCAGCUCAUGCUUGUCCGGCUGGCAGAGCAAACCAAACCAUGGUGCACCCAAAAGGGAGGAGGCGAAAUGAGUUAAUUUAAAAACAGCUGUUUCAAUAUGCUUAUUGAUCCUUUUAUAAUCACUGUAUUCCUCUUAACUGCUCUCUAGGUCUGUUCACAGGUGUAAACAAGAAUGUUCUGCACUUGGGCAUGGUGAAGUUGUGCCUUUGAGUCUGUUGGUCCAGGGGAGUAGGGGCUUGGUGUGGUUUUGUUUUCUGUGCUGCUGUCAUUAGACACAGACUGUUACUGGGCCUGUGACUGAUGUCAGAGACUGUGAAGAGAGUUCAGUUGUGUGCUAGUUAUGCUGAAGGGUGUGGAGAUGAAUCUUGUAGUAUUUUUUCCUUUUUAUGUGUGAAUUCAGUGAACAGGAACCCAAAGGAUGCUGCCAGACAUACACCCCCGUGCCUCACGAGAUGCUGCUCUGUAAGGCAGAAGUGUCUGCUGCCUUUGUUGUUGGUGGUUUUUGGUGGGGGGGUGUGUGUGUUUGGUUGGUUUUUAUUUUUGAUGUUGGCUUUUUUGAAGUGGUCCUACUUGGAAUGAAACUCUUGAAGUAUUCCAAAGGAAUCUCAAGGUGGCUGCAUUACUUCUCCCAUGUUGUAGAGCCUUUAAUACUGUUGUGAAGAUGCUUUUUGUCAGCCACUUUUGUGCUGCUAAGCAAGAACGUUGAUUGUGUUCUGUGUAUUUAAAAAACCUCCAAAAUCACAGAUUGUGUUUCUUCUGCCAUCUUAACCUGCAGCAGCUCUGAGCAGCAGCAGCAGACAUGUUGAAUGUUCUUCACUUGCUCCUCAGUGAGAUUGAUUUGGCUUCUAUCAAGCUAACAGUGUACAAACCAUAACACCAGUCAGUCACUUGGGUUGUGAAGACCACUGCUGGCUCUUUAUGACUUUUAAUGACAGGAGCACCUGAAACAGUUUCUGGCAGUCAGAGUCCUUCUGCCUGCCUCUGAGCUGUCACUCUGCAGCCAACCAAUCCAGUCUGGUGUGUAGGAAAUCGCAGGUCACCAGCUGUGAGCAAAUAAAGACCUUAAGUUAAAAGUGAAGGGUUCUUUUUUCCUUCCCUCACCCACCCUCUGAUUUUGGGGUAUCAAGUUUGGGGAAUCUGGAGCACUUAGACAUAGCUCCUCAACUCUAACUUGUAGUCACUGCAGUCUAUAAGAAUCAAAGCAGAUUAAUCUGAUUGAUCCAGGAUCUUGAAGAUCUGCACUGGAUUUUUGAUACCGUGCACAUAAAGUGUGUAGCAACUCAUCUUCUGUCAGUCUGCCUCUGCCAGCAGUAGCUGCUUCUCAUUCCACACUGGCACUGACUUCCAUUAAUAACUGUAUUCACCCAUGGGCAAGUAAAACAGCAGGACAGAAUAUAUUGGUGGUUUGAUAGGUUCCACUAGAAAGGCUCAUGUGUAAUUCUGUGCUUAAAUGUAAUUAAAAUAAUAUUACAGAUUGGUUUGAUCUUGUUUUUCUGCAUUCCCUGGUUUAGACUUAUGCUACUGGCAUGAAAUUAUUGACUUGAGAGGCUCUCCUCAGAGCUUUCUUGAAAACUGUGGUUGAGAAGCUGUCUUCUGUGGCAAUGUGGACAAUAAUUCAUAUAGUCACAAUCCUGGUGUAAAUUUGGGCCUGAUAAGAAAGGAGGGGGUUUGCUUCACAGUGGUUGCUGGGCCAUAAAAGUUAAAUGCAGGUUUCCUUCUCUGGGUAGUUCAUGGCAUAGGACACAGCUGGGUUCGGAUCUGUGCUUCUUUCCUUCGUUUUCUCUCCUGUAGGAAAAAAUGCUGAGAGUUUGCCACUUUCAGCAGAGACCAGCGUAAAAGGACUGCUCCUCCAAAGGGUUUUCACUUACAAACAGUAACAAAGAAAGCCAGCAGGUGGUCUUCAGCUUGAACUUAAUGCAGUCACUGAGGAAUGCUUCGGAUGCUUUGCAUGUGGAAUGGAAAAUGGAUUCAGAGUGUAUAAUGCAGAUCCACUCAAAGAGAAAGAGAAACAAGAAUUUCUAGAAGGUGGUGUUGGCCACGUUGAAAUGCUGUUUCGUUGCAACUAUUUAGCACUAGUAGGUGGAGGAAAAAAGCCCAAGUACCCACCUAACAAAGUGAUGAUCUGGGAUGACCUGAAGAAGAAAACUGUCAUUGAGAUAGAAUUUUCUACAGAAGUCAAGGCAGUAAAGCUGCGAAGAGAUAGAAUUGUGGUAGUCUUGGACUCAAUGAUUAAAGUUUUCACCUUCACCCACAAUCCCCACCAGUUACAUGUCUUCGAAACCUGCUACAACCCUAAAGGGCUCUGUGUCCUUUGUCCCAAUAGUAAUAAUUCUCUACUUGCAUUUCCUGGAACACACACGGGGCACGUGCAGAUAGUGGAUCUUGCCAACACGGAAAAGCCUCCUGUAGACAUCCCAGCUCAUGAAGGAGUCUUGAGCUGCAUAGCUUUAAACCUGCAGGGAACAAGAAUUGCAACAGCAUCAGAAAAAGGGACCCUCAUAAGAAUAUUUGAUACUUCAUCAGGGCAUUUAAUCCAGGAGCUACGAAGAGGAUCACAGGCAGCCAAUAUAUACUGCAUUAACUUCAAUCAGGAUGCUUCCCUAAUCUGUGUAUCCAGCGACCACGGCACAGUACAUAUUUUUGCUGCAGAAGACCCUAAAAGAAAUAAGCAGUCAAGUUUGGCAUCUGCCACCUUUCUCCCCAAGUACUUCAGUUCCAAAUGGAGUUUUUCCAAGUUUCAGGUUCCCUCUGGCUCUCCGUGCAUUUGUGCCUUUGGAACAGAGCCAAACGCUGUCAUAGCAAUAUGUGCAGAUGGCAGCUACUACAAGUUCUUAUUCAACCAAAAAGGGGAAUGCUCAAGGGAUGUCUAUGCUCAGUUUCUAGAAAUGACAGACGACAAGCUUUGACUGAGCUGAGGGAGUGCAUGAGUCAAAGUACUGCCCUGGCUAUUCCACGUCUUCGGAAGGACAAUAUAUGAAUGUCCAGUAUUGAUCAAGUUUAGCAGACCUCACUGAGAAGCCUGGCCCAACAUGAUCACAAGCAGCUCAGAAAUAGUGGACUACAUACGUUUAUUCUCAUUUCUGCGAGUAUUUGUCAUUAAAAUCUCUUUGGGUUACUGUCAUCAACUCAAGUUUUCAAGAUGUGGCUUUCAGCAAGCUUGUGCCUAUUGGGUUUCUCUUAAUCUAAACUGUGAAAUGACACUAGAUUAAAAAUGAGUGCCUGCCACACCAUGAAAUCUGCAGGGGGCUGUGCAAAGGUACAGCUGGUCUUAGAAAAAAGGGAUGUGAAAACUGAAGAUUUUAGGCAUUGCUUUACUUUUGCUAAGCAGCUGGGAAUGGGGGGAAUACUAUGGAUCAUGCUCAAAUAAACUUGUACCACCUCAGCUGGGAGCAGGGGUGCUGCCUUCCCCGGUUCCCAAGAGCACCAUGACAAGGGAACAGCUGUAGGUGACUGGAGCUUGAACCAUGCUUGUCCUCUGACCUGGUGCGUGGGAUGGGGUUGUGGUAAUUGGGCGGCCACAGCCUGCUGCUCCUGUACACCUGCUGAUGGUGAUGGAGUUGAGGGAGCAACACUGUUAGAGAUGCCAAACUGUACAUAGUAGCUGAAGGCACAUUUGGGUACUGGCUGACCCAACCAACCUCUCCUCAGUGUACGGAGCAAGCACCUGGGGUGCUCGAGCUCCUGCAGCCGUAGAGGUGAUUCCUUCUGUCACAGAACAGCCCUUCCAGGUUUACAAAGCACUCUCCGUACUGGUGUGACAGCUCUGCUGGCUGCUCCAGUAGCCACUGCACUGCAAUGGGAAGACUGGACAGGCCACUUACACAUCCAGCACAGGAAAUGAACCAGGUGGCAUCAAGUAUGUCUGCAAUGGCUUUAAACCUGCAAACUUUCCUUUUUUGGGUUUUUUGUUUGUUUGUUUGAGAUGCUGCAUACUAAACAGUUGGCUUAGGGACAGUUAGGAGAGACUAAACUGACUGACUCAUUCCCUCUUCCCCAAAAUCGUUAUCAUCUGGCAAUCAGUGGUUAUUGCUGAACAAAAGGCACAAGAUACCAAACUAGAAACUGAAAUAGACACAAGCUCUCCAUUCAUAGCACUAAGGACUGGGGGUGAGGGAACUCUUGGCUCUUCGGAAACUUCACAGAUGCUUCAAACCUGGACAUGCCAGUUCACUCUAAGAUUGUUUAGCUGCAAACUCUACAUCUGGCAAGUUUCUUUUAGUGUCAUGUAACAUACUAAGGACUAACUCCUACGCAGAUUUCGAUGUCAAGGUUGCAUGUUGCUUUUAUGUGUAUUUAAUCACAAAUUGUUUUGCACACUUAUUUGUAAUAUGUUAUUUCUUUUAAAUAAAAGUGACUAAUUUUGCUGUA